AUGGCCGCCGUUUACAUGCCUCACUCGCACAUGGAUCAGGUUCACGUCGCACCGCGUGACCAUCAUAACCAGAUGUGCUCGUCGGUCGCGUACUCUGUUGCCGAAGCCGCGCUGGAGCCCAGCCCCACGUCGCCGUCGUACAACCAGCGCCCCGCGCUGCCGACGAUGCGCGGAAGCGCUCCCCUCCGUGACGUGCUUGUCGAUCACAAUAUGUCUCACAACACGCUGGCCAGCGGCUGGCACCAGCCCCAAAAGGAGCGUCGCGCCUCCAGUUUCGGUGGCGACCGCAGUCGCCCUCUGUGGGAGGUCGUGGAGCACGCGCGCGAACGCCGUGAGCGCCAGCAGACCAUGCCUGAGCUUCCCGUUCGCUCGUCCACGACCCCGCCCGUCCUCCGUCGCAUCCUGUCCCAGCAGAACGUCCUGGCCGACCCCGAGUUCAUCCAGGAGCUCAUGUUGACGACUCGCUCCGCUGACCCUUCCCCGACCGAGUCCGCGUUUCUGCUGCAGGACACCAACAACAACCUUCCCCGCCUCUCGGCUCGCGACUUUGCCAUGAACGCGGAGAAGACUGCGGCCACGACGGCGCACACCCGCACGCAGUCUGACAUUCAUCAGACCCCUUCCCAAGUCCUUCGCUCGCAGGCUUCUGCUCGCUUCCGCCCGCGCCUCCCGAGUCUGGCCCAGAUUCACGCAAAGGUGUCUCGCGAUCAGCUUCGAAGUGAUUCGCUCGAUUCGCAAGACUCCGAGGGACCGUCGACCCCUACCGAGGAAGCCGGCGGUUUCGACAUCUAUCACCGCCAGCCCUGCACGCCCCCCAGCCCCUUGCGUGAUUCCCGACUCGCGCCCUUCCUCCGCGAGCGCACCCACGGGCGCCUGAACGGACGCCCCAAGUCGGUGCCUACGAUGAGCAGCGAUCUGAUGGAGGAGCUUGAUGAGCAAAUCCAGACGCCCCCGAUGUUCACUACCCCUCCCCGCCUCAACACCACCAACCUGUCGCGUCGUCUGGCCGCGGCUGCGUUGCGUCGCGGAAGCGACGUGCAGCUCGUCGUCACGCCGCCCAAGGCUAUGAAGACGGACACGCCUUGUUCGCCGACGGAGAGUGUGCUCUCGACCGCCUCGUCUGUGCCGUUGCUUCCGAUCAUCACGUGCACUCCUGCCGCCGAGCCCGACUCGGACGAGGAGUCUGAGGGCGAUGUCAUUGUGUUCAACGGCGAGGUCGAGGCUAUCGAGGACGAGGAGGAGGAGGAGCGCAAGGAGCGUGAGAUGCGAGGAAGGGAGAUGCUUAGCCGCUUGCUCCGCCGCAAGCCUUAA